AUGGCUGUGGCGCGUGUCUGCCGUGCUGGUCACCACCCUUCCUGUCGCUUUGAUCUGGUUCUUGCGGACGGUCCCGGUGCGCUCGCUGGCGCCGUAUGUGAAACAUUGCGGGCAGUGCUUGUGAGGCUGGAUAUAGCGGUAUACUGCGUGGCCAGGAUCAUUCUGAUUGUCUUACCCUUGUCGACGCUGUGCUCAUUGCCCCCAGAGGCGUUCAUCGAUGUUAAUUGGAGCGCAUAUAUUCCACAUCUGUAA